AUGCACCUAAAACUCAGGAUUCGUUUUUUAAUAACAAUAUUUCUGGCACUAUCUUUUUCAAUUGCAUUUAUUUGGAGAUUUCAAGAGCUGAAAUGUACCGAGUUACUAGGAACAUGGACAUUUAAAAGGGAAUCUGAUAAGCUUAAGCCAAUUUUGAUUAAAUCUUUUGGGUAUCAAUGUGACUCUCAUAACAUAAGUGUAUUUCAAACUCAAAUUAACCUAUAUACUAAAGUCCGUCAUCAGUCAAAUUCUUGUAUUAACUGUCAAAGUUCCAUAGUAGUUUUCACACUUUCGAAAUCCUCACCUACAAGCAGAUAUUUGGUUCAUAUUAUAAAGGUCUUACUGAUCCCACAUCAUGUUAUUUCAAUGAACCAUGCUCAACUAAGUAAUAUUUCAGAUCUUCUGCAUUCGAUUUCACAAAACGAACAAAUUAGGAUAAUAAUAUUCGAAAAUUUCGCACUUUAUACGAACUUACCACCACUACAAAAGUUACAACUCGACACUCUCUGCAAAAACUACAAUAUUGGGGUGAUCGGGUUUCUGUUCGAUGGUGAAGGUUUCACUACUGAAGGUGGCACGUGGUCUAAGAUUGGUGAAUUGCCACUCUACAUCCAUCGAUUAAGAAAACCUCCACAAGGAUUCUAUACAUCUCUGAAUGCAUCAAUACUUAGGGUCACUCGUUCUGGUCGCAUGAAUCCUGACACACUUGAGAUUGAAAAACAGAUUAAUGGAGCUGGAAACCAAUCACAAACUCAAACUGUUUGUUGCAUGGCAACGUUGGUUCCUUUUACGAACAACAAACAGUUCUACAGCACCAUCGCAUUUACUAAAACUGGGGAAUAUUCUAAACGAAUACGAACUUAUGACUCAUUACCGGUUGAUGUGAAGAGUUGUGCAGAUUACUCCACAGAGUCUCACAGUGGCACGUUUCCAGUUUACCAAAGUUUGGUUUUAGAAGAUGUUGGCUUAUUUGAUGGAAUUCAACGUGUUCUUUUUGCUUUCCGUCCUGGAGGAAUUUGGAUGUCGUCGAUGUUGCUACUUGACACUAUUGUCUACCUAUCAAAAGGUACUUUCCACGCUUCUCCACCAUCGUCUCAUCCUUUCAGUUCGCAGUUUAGUGGUAUUGUCUCAAAAAUGAACAUAUCAUCAUCUUUAAAUGAACUUGAUUUACUGCGGUGGGUUCUAGUUGAUAUUGAUGAUGUGUUUGUUCCAGAUCGAAAUGUGCAUCAGUCAGUUGAUGACAUAAAUGCUAUGAUCAAAGCGCAAAAUUACUGGCGCACUUUUAUACCAGGAUUUACAUUUAAUCUGGGAUUCUGUGGUGCAUUUCUCAGUAAAUCACGUUGGGCAGAUAAAAUUGUUUACAAUUACAUUUUACAAAAUCGCCAUAAAUUUUGGUGGUUUAGUCAUUUAUGGCAUCAUGGUAGACCCCAUAUGAUGAAUAAAACAUUUAUUCAACAAGAUAUAGAACGCAAUCAAGUAUUCGCCAAGGAACAUGAUAUUCCAGUUCAAAUUGGUUAUUCUGUUGCGCCUCGUCAUUCUGGAGUUUAUCCUGUAUAUCCUGACCUUUAUGAAGCAUGGCGUACUGUGUCAAAUGUAAAUGUUACAUCUACGAUACAUUAUCCUUAUGGCAGAUCAUCUGAUUUUCGUUUGGGUUUCCGUUACAAUAAUAUUCAGGUUCUUCCUCGUCAAACCUGUGGAAUUUACACUCAUACACCUCAUUCCGAGGAUAUACGAGGCGGAAUGAAACAGUUAAAUGAAUAUAUUUUCGGCGGGACACUAUUUAGCACGUUUCUGUUCAAUCCGGUGUCCAUCUUUAUGACACAUCUUGUCAAUUAUGGAAAUGACCGAGUAGCUCUUUAUUUAUUUAAUGCUAUUUUUGAAUUCAUGACAAAUUGGACGAAUAUUAAGCUAAUUACAUCACCUCCUUCGGAAUUAGCUAAUAUCUACUCCGAACGUUUCAAAUUAUACGGUGUCAAUGAACUUCCUUUGUAUUCAGAUCCUUGUCUUAAUUCACAUCUUCAUGAGUUAUGGCCAAGUGAUUGGCCAUGUUCUACAGCUCUACUACAUUUUCUUUUAUUAAAUCCUGAAUUAAUGUCUAAUAGAUUCCAACAUAAUUCUACUUUUGAGGAGUUACAAUUUUUCAGUUCUGAUGAUGUUUAUUCACGUGGUGUACAUUGGUAUAUGAACCAGUUUCCGAAUAAUUCAAUUAUAUCUCCAACACAUGCUUAUAAUUUUAACAAUAAUAGGUCUAAUUAUUUAAAAAGCUAUACUGCUGAGCAAAUACGAUUUGAAAAAUCAGCUACGUACUUUGAUAAUCCUAAAUCUCCAGCACGAAUUUAUGCUUUAAUGCCCAAGGUGAAAUUGAUUGUUCUUCUACGCAAUCCAAUUGAACGAGCUUAUUCAUGGUAUCAACAUCGUUUAGCCCACAGAGAUAUUGCUCCACAGUUGUUGUCCUUCGUUGAUCUGAUGCAGUAUGGUCAUAAUCUAACUGAGGCUACUCUACUUAGUAUUGUACCAACUGAUAGAUUUUCUAACCUUUCUAUCGACAUUAAUAAUUCAAGUUUAAUGCAACAACUUGUUUCAAGCAUUAACCACUUAUGGUCUCGAUGCACUGGUCCAGGGAAUUACGAACAAUAUUUACGUAACUGGCUGACAUAUUUUCCGGCCUCACAGCUCUUACUUUUAGACGCUGAUAGAUUUUCUCGAAACCCGGUGCCUAUCAUGAAGAUUGUGCAGCAAUUUAUAUUAGUUCGUAGGCAGUUAGAUUAUUCACAAUACUUACACUUCAAUCGUAAAAAAGGCUUCUUUUGUGUGGUUACUAGAAACGCAUUUAAUUGGAAUAAUGGUUGCUUGGGUCGAAGUAAAGGAAGAACCUAUGAACAAUUAGAUCGCAAUAUUUUAUUGCCAAACUUAAUGGAAUUGUAUUUCUCUAAAGCUAAUGAUAAAUUGUAUAGAUUAUUACAAAAAUAUCCUCUAUGGAAUAGUGCAUUGACAUUAAAUACACAUAAACUCCCAACAUGGAUUAAAAUGAGUAAUUAG